AUGAAGCGAACAGCCGGAACAUCAGCGUAUCUGGAUACAACGAUUCCCCCCCCUUCUUUUCCCCUCCUUUUAGAAGCGCAAGAACUCUACUCUGUAUAUCGCACCUUUGCCCUCUCCAAGAAGCCUGAGGCGAUAGUCCCAUCCGUCUGUAAGAAGCUCGCCAUUUUAUGUCGAUAUUUCUUUGGAGGAUUGUGGAUGCGCGGACUGGAUCUCGGGAUGGGGUACCUGGUGAUCUUCCGAACUUUUGAUUCGAAAUUCAAAGGAAACGCAAUCACCUCUCUGUUACUCUUUGAGAAGGAAACGAAUGGGGAUUCGUUCAAUUUCGCCUUUUCGCUCGGGUUUCACGCACCUGUGGUUGAUAAGCAUAUGUAUUGGGUCGGUACUAUGGGUUACCCGAGACAUCUUGCUUGCUGUAUUCGCUGA